AUGAAAACUGUCAUGUUAAUUGAGAGCAAGGAGCUGGGAACCAAGGAGGCCCAAGUAGAUUUUGAUGACAAGAGUAGCUGGGAAUAUCUCUUCAAAGACUACUGGAUAGAUUUAAAGGCGAAGCUAUCUCUAUCUUCGGUUGAACUUGUCGAUGCUAGAAAUCCUUGGAAGGGGUCUAAUUCUGAUGUAUUAGCCAGCAAAGAGCAAUCAGUUGUUCAACACUUUGAUACUAACAAUGAUGGAGGUUCUGGUUCAGAUAAUUCUUCUGACGACGUAGAAGCAAGUAAAUCUAAAAGAAAAAGGGCCAAGAAACGGUCGAAGUCCCUCACCAAGGAAGAUGCCUCGACAAGUGUAGCAAUAGAAGUUCGUGCUGAAGGGAUUUCAACACCUGUCAGCACUGACUGGGCAUCAAAAGAGCUCCUAGAAUUCGUUAUGAACAUGAAAAAUGGUGACAGAUCUGUUUUAUCCCAGUUUGAUGUUCAGGCACUCUUGCUUGAAUAUAUAAAAAUAAAUAAACUUCGCGAUCCUCGACGGAAAAGUCAAAUUAUAUGCGACUCGAGGCUUGCAAAUCUCUUUGGAAAACCCCGUGUUGGGCAUUUUGAAAUGUUAAAACUUAUUGAAUCUCAUUUUCUUAUAAAAGAGGAGUGUCAGACGGACGACAUUCAAGGAAGUGUUGUUGAUUCUGAAUUUGACCAGUUGGAGGCUGAUGGUAACACUGAUGUCCUAGUGAAGGGGGGCAAAGAUAAGAAACGUAAAGCACGUAAAAAAGGUGUUAGGGGAGGACCUCUCUCCAAUCUCGAUGACUUUGCAGCCAUUGAUAUGCACAAUAUUAACUUAAUUUACCUGCGACGGAAGUUGGUGGAGGAUUUGCUUGAAGAUAUCGAAAAGUUCCAGGAUAAGGUUGUUGGUACUUUUGUUAGGAUAAGGAUAUCUGGUAGCAUUCAAAAGCAAGACUUAUACAGGCUAGUCCAAGUCGUAGGUACCAGUAAAGCAGCCGAGCCAUAUAAAGCAGGGAAAAAGUCAACUGAUAUCAUGCUAGAAAUAUUAAAUCUGAACAAAACAGAGGUUGUACCAAUUGAUACAAUUUCAAAUCAGGAGUUUACUGAGGAUGAAUGCAAGCGUUUGCGCCAGAGUAUAAAAUGUGGACUUAUCAAUAGGCUGACUGUGGGUGAUAUUCUUGACAAGGCCAUGGAAGUCCAGGCCGCAAGAGUCAACGAUUGGCUGGAAACAGAGACAGUGCGACUUAGUCAUCUUCGAGAUCGAGCAAUUUUGUUGCUGUAUAAAACUUCAGUGACUAUUGCUGAGCCGGCGAGCGGAGAGAAAUUACAGCUUCUGAAAACACCUGAGGAGCGACAACGUAGACUAGAGGAAGUUCCAACAAUACAUGCAGACCCAAAGAUGGAUCCAAGUUACGAGUCUGAAGAAGAUUACAAUGAAGAGGAAGAUAAUAGACGAGAGGCUUACAUGAGACCCAGAAGUUCUGGCUUUAACAGGAGAGGUAGGGAGCCACUCUCUCCCGGAACAGGAGAUUUCUCUUCAAAAGAUUCUUGGAGUACUGCACGGACAAAUUCAAGUAAGAACUGGGAAUUUAACAGAAACCUGUCUAGUAAAAAUUUCUCAAACAAAGCGGAAGAUGCUACUCCUAGUGGUGAGAUAAUGAAUGAAAAUUUAAGGGAUCUUGCAAGAGACAAAGACGCACAACAGUCAAAAAAGCUGGAGAAGCAAAGCUCAGCUUCUAAUUCUGAAACUGUUGGAUGGAAUAGCCACUCUGGUGUAAUAUCUGAAUCAUUCUCUGGUGUUGCAUCAGAAACUUCGCCAGCUCUCUCUGUGGGGGUUGCCGAAACAGCCGCCAAACCAAGUGAAACAGAAAAAAUCUGGCGUUAUCAGGAUCCAUCUGGAAAAGUUCAAGGACCAUUUUCCAUUGUGCAGCUGCGCAAAUGGAGCAACACUGGAUACUUCCCUGUUGAUCUUAGAAUCUGGAGAACCACCAAAACACAAGAUGAUUCCAUACUUUUGAAUGAUGCAUUGGCUGGAAGGUUUCCGAGAGAGUUGCCAGAGGGGGGCAAUAGAUUGCCAAAGACUAAUACUCAACCAAACCUAAGUUCAUCAAAGGGCUGGAUGACUACUCCAGUUGAGGUCCCCAAACUUUCUACAGACAGGUGGGGUGGGAAUGACUCGUCAAACCUUCCUUCUCCUACUCCGAAGCAAAGUACUACCAUUUCUACCAUUGAAGUGGGUCCUCUAGUGGGAGCGAGUUCAUUUUCUGGUGGCAAUGAAGCACUGCAAUCACCUGCUGCAACUCCCUCAGAAAGUGGCCAAGUGACACGUUCUUCUGCUCUCGCUUCAGCUUUGGAUUCUGGUGGAUCGUUGGCCAGGGAUUCUGAAAAUUAUUCCCAAAGCUCUCAAACUGGAUUUAAUGCAGCACUUAGCACUGAACAAGGUGUCCUCGUGGGUGAUACAAAUUCUUUACGAACUUCACAACCAACUGCGACUACAGAAUCACUUGUGGUGCAGACACAGAGCCAUCUGCUCCCUGCGCCUGAUACUGCUGCCCACACAGUUCAAUCUGUGAAUAGUCAGAACACUCAUGUUGAAACUCAUACUUGGGCUAAUGCUCCAUCUCAGAAUGUAGAACCAAAUUCUGCUAUUCCUGUGCAUGGACAACCACAGACUUAUGGUCACUGGGUUAGUGUUACAUCGGGUCAGAAUCCUGGUGGAAACUUUUUGGCUCCUGGUGUUCAGGAUCCUGCUGGAAACUUGUUGACUCCUGGUUCCUCAGCUUUGCCUCAACCUGAUUUUUGGAGACCUCCAAUUGCGGGCAAUCAAUCGAACAUGCAACCUCCAGCUCCUUCUAAUGUACCGUGGGGUGGAGGCAUUUCAGUUCCCAACAUUCCUGUACCUAUUUCAAGAACUGAUAAUCAGAACACUGGUUGGGGACCAAUACAGGUAAAUCCAAACAUGGGCUGGGGAGGACCAGCACCAGGAGGUACGAAUAUGAAUUGGGGAGCUACUAUUCAAGGGCCAUCACCAGGGAAUGUCAAUCCGGGAUGGGUUGUGCCAACUGGGAAUCCAGGAGCUACUGUUCAAGGGCCAGGGCCAGUGCCAGGGAAUGUGAACCCUGGUUGGGUUGCACCAACAGGGAAUCCAGGAGCUAUGGUUCAGGGUUUGGCACCUGGGAUUGCAAAUCAAGGUUGGGUUGCUCCACACAUGAACACGGGAGCAACAGUUCAGGGGCCAGUACCCGGGAAUGCGAACUCGGGUUGGGUUCCAGUUGCUGGGAAUCCGGGUGCUACUUUUCAAGGACCAGCACCUGGAAAUUCAAAUCCAGGUUGGGGUGCACCUGCUCCAGCUGUGAGUCAGGGGACUAGAGGAAACGAACAACACCGCAAUGGAGAUAGAUUCUCGAGUCAAAGGGACGGGGGUGGUCAGGGUGGAAAUUCUGGUUCUGGUGGUCACGGUCAUUGGAACAGGCAGUCAUCAUUUGGUAGUGGAGGAGGGUCAGGUGGUUCUUUCCGAUCUCUUCCCAAAAGGCAGACACCGUGCCCAUACCAUAUCAACGGGCAUUGUAAGAAGGGUGCUGCCUGUGAUUAUCUGCACUCUUAGCUUUGGUAUUUUAUACUGGACGUUAGUUGAUUUUGUGCAGUAGUUAUUUCCUAAUAGGCAUUUUGACAUUUUGCUAUAGGCUCCUUUAAUGCUCUAUAAUUUCCAAAGUUUUGUAGUUUUGCAGUGCAUUUCUUGUCA